CAUAAUCAAGGAAGAAGACAUAAGAAGAAAUAAACGCAAGGCUUUGUGGCAUUUUGACACUUUCCACUUCUGGAAAACGAUGUCUAUCUAAUUUAUCUCACGCCUUUCGCUGUCUUUGAGUUGCUAAUAUUGUCUAAGAGCUUUAUUUGUAAAAUCUUCGGAAGAAGAAUGGUCCUGUCGUCUUCCCAGCAAGUUGUUGUUGCCUUUACAGCUGUUCUAUGUGCAUUUGUGGUGUUCCCCAGAAUGUUCGGAGGUGGGACAGGGUCGAGGGAAACCACUAAGUCUUUUGAUUCACGAUACAACAGGAAAAGUCCAGGCCCGGGGGCUUUAAAGGGACAAGCCUUCAACAUGGACCCCAGCUCCAACCCUGGUCAUCAAGGCCAGAGCGUGGAGAGCAUAAAGCAGAUGAGGAAGAUGGUGGAGCAGGAGAUGAAGAGUGAGAAAUAUAAAUCCAGCAGCAACAACAACAACAAGGGCUACGUCUUCACCCUCAUGCCUAUGUAUGCCAUUGGUGUUGGGCUGUUUGCUGUGUACAAGUUCAUGAAGAUCAAAGCGGCCGAUGAGACACAGACACAGAAGGACAAGCUCAAAAAAGGGGCAAAAAAAUCUGGAGAAACAGACAGCCAGUUGAAGGAAUUGGAGCAGCGGCUAGCACAGACCGAGAGAAUGCUCAACUCCAUUCUCACCCAGCUGGACCCUUUAACGAACUGUGUGAAGUCAGUGGCCAUGGACCAGAAGAAUGAGAUUAUGGCUCAACUCCAGUGUAUCCGCCAGCUGAUGAAAAAGAGAGGCAUGGAAUGCCCUCCCCUCAAUAUAGAAGAGCCGGCCUGCCAGAAGAACUUGGAUGAGCUGAUUGAGACCCUGGCAGCACAACAGAAAGUUCCAGAACCUGUGACUGUGCCAGAACAGGAAGGGGAGACUGUUCUGGAACCAGACUGUGCCACCUCUGAGCUGGUGCAGACAGGAACCGAAACGGACACAGAUGCUGACACGGAGGUGCUGAAAGGUGAAGAGGAGGAAACGAGUGAAAGAAACGAAGACGAGGAAGGAGACGAAAGCGACCACAGCAUGCCAUCCCUGGAGGACGCCGGUGAUAUGUCUGUAGAAAAUAUUGGUGCUACCUCUCAGAAUGUUCCAGAAGGUUCUUCAACGGGGUUGCGAAGACGCAACAGACCUGAAUGAAUUGAAUUCUCCAAACUUCUCCAAAGUUUUGAGCUUAUGAAGAUAAUAUUUAUUUACUAUUUAUUUCAUUCUUUCGUGUCUUAUUUUAUUUUAACAAACGUUGUGUGUGGGUGUGUGCGUGUACUUGUUAUAUGAAAUCUGACUUAUGAUGUUAUAAUAGGGUGAUGGUGAGACAAAAUAAUCCUAUUUAGUCAGAAUCACAUGAUUUAGAUCAUUCUAGAGCCACAUGUGUUGUCCAACGUAGUGUAGGUUAAGGUUGAAGUAUAUAUUCAGCCAUGUGCUUUUCACUCAUGCACUGAUGCAAACUCGCAAGCCAAGCUGUUUGACGCCAAAUACUCUUUGUUCUAAACUUCCUGAGUCUGGCUAUGUACCAUCAUAUCCCAUCCCAUCCCAAGUAGACUUCCUAGCUAGUCUCUUGUCAUUUUGUAAUUAAAUCAAAAAGUCAUCUUCUUGUUCCUCAUAGCAUAUAGCGGUUUCUUCUGAGUUCUUUUUUUUCAAUGUAAUGUUGCCAUGUUUUUAUCCAUGGUUGAUAUAUUGGGCGUGUUAUGUCUUGUGUUUUUUGUUUAGAAUCAAGAUUACUCUCUCUUCACUCUCUCUUGUGUAGUAACCUUGCUCUUGCAGGAACCUUUCUAUGCAUGAAGACAAUCAUUUAUCCUAGUGACAUCUCACAUUAAAGCGAAACUGCUUUCCUGGGCCUUACAUGUUUGCCCCAUAGUUGCCUCGUACUUGUACUCUGUGCAAUGGCAAUAAAUGUAAUCCAAUCCAAUCCAAUCCAAUCCAAUCUAUAGGAUAACAUAGUAAAGCCAUUUUGCGGUUGCCAGUUAUAGCUAACACAAUCUGAACCGAUUUUGAUCGUUAAUUGUCCUUAAUAAAGGUUUGGACCCAAAGGCUUGGUCCCUUUUUAAGGCUUGUUUCAGUUGGUCAAUGGACUCUAAGGAUAUUACCUUUAGUUGGUCAUGGCCACUUCGCACGUCUCCUAUACCUGGAAGUCAAUUGACGUUGCUUAAAAAAAAAAAAAUAUGAAUGGCAUGCUUGCUCUCAUUGGAUGUAUAUCUCAGCCUGCUUUGGAUCUCUCCAGAAGCGUCACAUAUAGUGUAAAUCAAAAUAAGCGUUACUUGUAAAUAAAAAAUAAAAAAACAUCUUUUUUUUUUUUUCUUAGAUCACAGUGGUUCUUAGGCACAAGUUAAUGCAUCCUUCUAGUGCUGGAGUCGUUUCAUAUUUGUUGCAGCACCUUGUUGUUCUAAGCAGAGUUUGAAGUAGAAAUAGCAAGUGGUCUGUCCCACUGUUCAAAGUCUGCAUGAAAACACUAAAGUUCUUGUGGACAGCUGUGACUGUAACUCCAUAGCCCUGAUGAAGCAGCUAAUUUGAGUGAUGAUGGAAGUAGUAGUUCCACUGUUUGUCUUCCUCUGUCUUGUCAUGUGUUCCAGAGGUUAAUAUGUGUGAUCGUUCAUUUAAGUGUGCUUAUGUGGCAGGUAAUACUUAUGCCUUGUGUGUGAUGAUAUGUGUCAUUGUUUUAGUUUGCGUCAUACUGUGUAACCUUCCCAUUACUGUCUCCUGAUUUUGUGCAGGGAUAAAUGUCUACUUCUUGACACCUGACAUUUUACCACUUGGUCGCAUUGCAUAGAAUCCGUAAAUGGUACUUUUUAUCCACCAUGUGAAACUUUAAUCAAUUGUCUGAUUCACUUUUUCCAAAGGUCGAUGAGAAACAGUUUUGUCAUUGAUUGAGCAAUGCGGAUUUAGACUUAAUUAAAAAUGAUUUGUUCUUUGGAA